UUUUUGAACAUACUUUGCAGAAUUAUUUUCUACUCCAGUUCGUAGAUUUAUUUUUUAUUUUCCAUAUAUAUGGUUUCUUGAUCGAUUGGGUAAUGUUAGACCCGCUCGACCCGCAUGAGAUACCCAUUUAGACCCGUUUUAUUUUAUAAUUAAAUGUCUUGUUGCAAGAACUGCAAAUCAAAGGCCUUAACGACAGACCCACAUACAGGAAACCUAGAAUGCACAUCAUGCGGUGUCGUACAACACUCGACAACCUACGACCAACAAACAUACAAUCGAGACGGACCCACGGGUCACAAUAUCCGGUUAGGUACUUCCGGGUCAAGGUAUGAUUAUUCUUAUCAUGAAACCAAGAUUUAUUUAGCCCAGAAAAUAGUUUCUGAUAUUUUGUUGAAAUUAGAAUUAGAAAAUAGAUUUGAUGAAGUUAAUAACAUGAUUAAGGAGAUUACGGAUAACGAAUACGGUUCGGGUAGAUGGUUCAGUGUACUUGUUGGUGCUUGUGUUUACGUUGUUAUGCGAAAAGCGAAAAAAUGGAUGCCGUUAGGGAGUAUUUGUGAAAAUGUGGGGUGUGAUGGGUAUGAGUUAGGUAGAAUGGUGAGUCGGGUUGUGGAGCAUUUGGAGAUACGGUUGCCGGAUGGGGAUAUAGUCGGGUUGUUUGAACGGGUUGUGAAGGAAAUGGGUGUAGGGAGGGAGAAAGUUGGGAGGGUUUUGAAACAAGGGGUGUUUUUGUUGCAAUGUAUGGUGAAGUGGUAUGUGACGACGGGGAGAAGGCCGGUGCCGGUUGUGGUGGCGGUGGUGGUUUUUGUUUGUGAAGUGAAUGAGGUUGAGGUUAGUGUGGAGGAUUUGGCGGAAAAGUUGAAUGUGAAUGUUACAACGUGUAAGUUGAGGUAUAAGGAGGUGUUGGAACGGUUGGUGGAUGUUGGGAGAGGAAAUUUGCCGUGGGGUGAGAAUGUAAAUGUUAAGAAUGUUAUGAAGAAUGCUCCAAUGAUUAUUCAGUAUAUGGAGAUGAAGUCGAUGUGUAGUGGUGGUGGGAGGAAGAAGGAUGUGAGUUUGGUGGAGGGUGUCGGUUUGGUUUUGGAUGGUUUGAUUAAGGAUUGUUUGGAUGGUGGAGACGAUGGAAGGUUUUUCGCUGAAGGGUUUUACGCGGGUGAUGACGAUGGUGAUAGGUCACGGGGUGGCAGAGUGAAUUGGGAAGUUGAAGAUUUGGAGAAGCUUAAGGUUUCGCACGAAUGUUUAUCGAAGAUUUACUUAAAGUUCUUGGAUGAGUAUACUAGUAUGAAGGCAUCAAUGGGGACCGUUGAACGUGUUGGGAGCGGCAAGUCUUUUCUUUUCUUGGAUAUGCCGGAGUAUUGGACUGGGAACUCAGAGAUGAGCAAAAAGCUUUUUCUUGAUCAAAUAUUGGAAAAAGAUGUUGGAUUGAACGUUAUGCCUCCGUCUUUUGUUAAGGGAUGUUUGAAAACAAAAAGGAGAAAAGAAAAGAUCAAGGCUGCUAAGAUACGCAUUGAGAAGAUAAGGCGACCAUGGAUGACUGCAAAUGAUAGUGAUGAGCUCUGUGUACAAAAUGCUGUGAUUUCUAAAAAGAGAAAAAAACGGGCAAAGAAAGCUGAUACUGAUUGGGAAGAUUUUGUUAUUGAAACUCUGUUACUUCAUCAGGUGAAAGAAGAAGAAAUAGAGAAAGGUUACUACAAUACCUUGUUGGAUCUUCAUGUUGUCAACUCUGCUUUCAGAUAGUUUAUCAUAUAUACUUUGUUGAUUAAACUUUUGCCACUGACAUACAUAUACAUAACAUACAUAUGUGAAAAGAUUGCUUCUUUUUGAGCAGUAUAUAUGUAAACUAUAAUUCGUGGAACUUUUUUUAUGUUGAUUUCCAGUUGUCACAACUGCAAAAACAGAGUAAAAAAAGAAGUUUGUGAGUAAGCAUAGUUAAAAUUACCUUGUUUGUUGCAUUUAGUUCUAUUAGAAUGUCUAAUGUGUAACUCUGGCAAACAUACGAGAAUUGCAGAAUAAGCAAGAGGUUUCUCU